AUGGCUUUUGACACAAAGAAAGCUGAGAUGCAAGGUGCUAGUCAGUCGGUGAAGUCAGAUCCAUCUGAGUGGGAAGGUACAGACACCUUUCCCCCUGUUUUGCCAGGAGUGCAGUCAGGCAGAGCUGGCAGUGGGGAUACAGCAAGAGACCUUGGAAGAUCUGUUGAGGUUAAUAGAGGAGGUAUAGUGCAGAGGAGGGAUAUAGGUGUGCAAGUGAAUAUGGAUGAAGAUAAUAUGGGAGAAUCCGAAGAUGAUGCGCAGAUUAAGGAGUCCAAGAGUUCAAGUUCAGGAGAAGUUGAUCCCUCCAGUCUGAGUACAGCUGCGAAGAGAGGCAGAGAGGGGAGAAGAACCCCUAGGCAGUGGGGCAGAACUAGGAAGGGUAGACUGUGGAAGAGGUUGCAGGCUCGGCUAGACGUUGGAGAAGGUUUAGACCGCCCAAGAUGUUUAAGGUGUGGAAGAUCACACGGAGGAGUAUGUCUAGCAGGGACAACAGCAUGUUUCAGUUGCGGACAGGAAGGGCAUUUCGCACGCGAGUGUCCUACUGCGCCCAGGAUGCGCAAGGUAGCCAGGAACGGAGUUCAGGAUGGCUCUGAGGUAGGCUUCAGAGAGGACAGAGUAGGAUGCCUAGAAGUUUGA